CAGCUUUCUUAGUGCGAGAAAGGGCCGAAAAUCAUUACGUGUUCUCCCAUAGAGCGUAGUAAAUGCCUGUGAAGGCAGCAGGUAUCUCGAACGCAAACACUCUGAGAAACUACCGCUCUUAAGGUCUUUGGGAAGUCCUACGUCUGGUUCCUUCUCCAGCAUCGUGUUUUAUCCUCUUUCACUGGGAGGCUUGGAGCGUGGAGGGGAAGGCUAGUAAGCUAGAUGGCGCAGUUGCUCAACACAUUUCUUGGCAAGCUCCAGAGCCCUGGGCCAGGUAGAAAGAAGACCCAAACCUUAAACCGAAUUUCAGGAUUAAGCCACCCAUUCUCCAGCCGUCCUAAGUAAAGCUCCGUGAGUUUGAUGGAGCGUCCCACAUCCUGACACCCCCAAGGGAAGGGGUCUGGAACCGGGGUUCUUUCACUCCCGCCACUAUAGCCAAGCUUGCAGCCCCUGGGAGUGACCGUCGCAGCGGGGUCUGGGCUGUGUGUCCAGCCAACCAGGCAAGGCGACCAGCGGUGCGCGCGCGCGAUCUGGCAACUAACGCGGGCUGCCUCGCUGACCCCUCACUCAAGCCUGGAUCCUGGGACGGUCCCCUGGUCCCUGCAGCCUGCGUCCGCCGGGACGGGGCGCAGGUAAAGGGUUACGCGUGGCUGGGAGGCUCGCCCGCUGCCCGCCCACGUGACGCGCCGGCCCAAUGACCGCGGCCCGGCUGCGGCUGCAGCGCGGCGGGCUCCCGGCGGCGGCACUGAGCCACACUCGGCGUGUCCCAGCGCGGACGCCCGAGGCCCCCCGAAGCCAUGGGCGCCCCGACCCUGGAGACGCCGCCCCGCCGCAGGAAGAGAAGUUAAACACCCAGAGAAGCCUAAUGGACAAGCUCCCCAGCAGAUGGUAACAAAAAAUAAUCCAGAUGGGGUGCAAGUGUUGUAAGAUGAUACAAAGCUAUCUCUUUGAUCCAGUUCAAGUGCCCUCUCCUGGUUUCGUCAACGAAGUCAACAACUGCAGGUUGGAGGAGGAUGACACUGUCAGACUAAAAGGCACCCAGAACAGUGAGGUUGAGGUGCCCAGGAAUGCCCUGCAUGGUGGGAGCCUGACCAAGACGGAGAACAAAGACGGUACAGCUGGUCUACCUCGCCAAGGCCCGCUCCCUCAGGAGGACUCGGAAGAGAGACACUGUGCGGAGAAGCAUGGUAUUGUCAAUGGUAUCAGCCCCACUGCCACUCUGCAUUUGGUCAGGAGUCCCAGGCCGCACCAGGUUGAUGGUGUCUCCUGGGCCAGCAGCUCCUGGGCAGGUACCAUAGAUGGCACUCACCCAACUCAACCCUUCCUUGAAGGGGAGGACUGCAGGAAGCAGAGCUGCACCGUGCCCACCUCGGAAGAGACCCAGAUGGUGGGGCGUGGAGACUGCAGGGCCCCUGCUGAGGUCUUGGCAGGGGCAGACCACGUCCUACACAUACCAGCCCCGGAUUACCCCCAGCUCUGGAGCCCCACACUAGACCAUGCAGACCCUGAAGAACAGGAUUGUCUUUUUGAGAACCACUCUGAGGUGGAGCCCCUGCCGGGAAUUCACCCCAGGGUGAGUGAGCAGGGUCUGAGCCUGCCCUUCUCCCUGAAGAGAAGCUGGGACUCCCUGAAUGAGGCGGUGACUACGGAAGUUCUGAAUGUCUACUUUAAAGAGGAGGGUCCCGCUCACCCCCCGCCAGCGGUUGAUCGUCGAAAUGAGCCGGAAGUCCCCCGCACCUACAAUGAGGACAGAGAUGGGGUGGUGGUCGAUGAGGACGCUGAGGUGGCCGAAGCCCUGGCAGCAUUAGAAGCUGCGACUGCAGGAGAAGAUGCAGAGGAGGCAGAUCAGGGGGAGCUGCAGUCACACUGAGCAGACAGAGAGAGGCGAAUGGAGCUAACCACUCUGCAGGUGUGCCCAGGCAGCCUCACCAGCCACACCACGUGUUUACAGCCGUUCUCUUCCCAUCGCCAGGACCUGCGCCACCCUGCCUGCCUGCUUGCCAUGUGCAGCAUCCCUCUGGGUAGCUGGACCCUGAUUCAGAACGCUAGGAUCAAAGUCAGCGUGGGCCUCCGUGUCCAGGUCCACCACACACAUGCAGAAGUUAAGCAGCUUGCUUGCCGGCCCUGGAAGCUCCCCCAGAACAUCUGUCCAGAUGUGCAUGAGAAUGCCCUGAUAUCCCCACACCUGAUCCCGGGGGCACACAAAUAUGGGCCAUGCUGUUUGAAUGUAUUUCUUUACCUUGUUUUUGAGAGCCAAAUAAUUCACCCAACCUAGAAAGGGUAACUAUCCACUUAAAGUGCCUACUGUGCGCCAGAGCUUAACUUCAGGGACAGUCACCCAGGGAUCGACUAACUAACCACUUGUUGAAUGUCAGGUUAAGCUUUGUGGCCUUUCGGGGUGGGACAGAUGUGACCAGUGAACCAAUGGUUAGGCCUCAGCUGUGCUAUGAAAACACCUUGACCUUAACUUUUUUUACACUAUUACUUUUUAAUCUCCUUUGGGAUGCGGGAGGCUGGCCAAACUACUUCUUAAAACUAGUGUCGUGCUUUAGUUUCAAGUUCAUGAGUGUCUUGGAACAGCAAAGCCAUUUACGGAGGUGUUUGGGUCAUUAAAUGUCUGGUUCCCAUUAAAGCGUCAUAGCAUUA